CGUGUUUUAUCGAUUUCGUCGGAUCGGCCAUGUUCGUGUCCGCCAGCGGUCAGGCGCACUCGUGUCCCACCUCGAGAGACCGUGCCACCGAUAGAUUUUCCACCGUCUACGUCGUCGUCGAUGUCGCAGGGCGUAUAACGAUGCGCUUGUAAAACGCGACCGCCCGUGUUUUCCCUACCUCGAGCAGCGACCGUUCUAUCCGUUUUUCGCAUCGACUCGGCUCGCCUAACGCCAGCUCGGCGAGGAACCAGCCAGGAGAGGAAUCAACCCCCGUUUCUUGAGCAGGCAGCCGACUAACAACCACCAAAAUGCCUGUCAUUAAGAGAGAUGCGGAGGCCAUGACGGAGAUUGUGUCGGAAAUUCCGGAAGGGGGUGAAUCGACGUUGAAAACGAUGCUGAAUACAGAAGUAAUAGUGAAAGAAGGCACAGAUGCCGAAGUGAUUACCGAGAGCACCGAGAAAUCCUUCGAAAACAAAGUGGAGGAUCUCGGGAAGGAGCUCGCGGAAGAAAUGGGCAUACCAACAUGGGGCCUCGUAACCAUUUUAAUAGUCGUAGGCGUAUUAGUUCUCGGAAUCUGCUUCUGCUGCAUAAGAAGAUGCUGUCGCAAAAGACGAUCCAAGGACGGCAAGAAAGGUUUGAAGGGAGCGGUGGAUCUCAAGUCCGUGCAGCUGCUGGGCACCACGUACAAAGACAAGGUCCAGCCGGAUAUGGAAGAGCUCACCGACAACGCGGAGGAACCGGACGAAGCUGAAAGUAAACAGAGCGAAGUUAAACUGGGGAAGCUUCAGUACAAGCUUGAAUACGAUUUCAACACAAACAGCCUGGCGGUGACAGUGAUACAAGCUGAAGAACUGCCAGCCUUGGACAUGGGCGGCACAUCUGAUCCAUACGUGAAAGUAUACUUGUUGCCGGACAAGAAGAAGAAGUUCGAGACAAAAGUGCACAGGAAAACGCUUAGUCCAAUCUUCAACGAAACUUUCACGUUCAAGGGCGUCCCAUACGCAGAUGCUAUGAACAAGACGCUUGUGUUUGCCAUUUUCGACUUCGACAGGUUCUCGAAACACGACCAAAUCGGUGAAGUGAAGGUUCCCCUCUGCCAAGUUGACUUGGCCCAGACAAUCGAGGAGUGGAGGGAAUUGCAGAGCGUGGAGGGCGAAGGUGGUCAGGAUAAUAAAUUGGGUGACAUUUGUUUCUCACUCCGAUACGUGCCCACGGCUGGCAAAUUGACCGUGGUGAUCUUGGAGGCAAAGAAUCUGAAGAAAAUGGACGUCGGCGGUCUGUCCGAUCCUUACGUGAAAAUUGCUCUGAUGCAGAACGGAAAGAGAUUGAAGAAAAAGAAGACGACUAUCAAGAAGUGCACACUUAAUCCGUAUUACAACGAAUCAUUUACGUUUGAGGUACCCUUCGAGCAGAUAAAGAAAGUGGAAUUGGUUGUCACGGUAGUCGACUACGAUCGUAUCGGCACCUCAGAACCCAUUGGGAAGGUCGUCUUGGGGUACAACGCGAGCGGAACAGAGUUGAGACACUGGUCCGACAUGCUGGCUUGCCCCAGACGUCCUAUUGCUCAAUGGCAUACGCUUAAGGACCCCGAAGACGGCGACAAGAAGGACUAAAAGGUCGUUGAGAAUGUCCAGUUAAGGUAAUGCACACCAAAGGUUCUAAGCAGUUACGACAAAUGUACAGAAGCAACUCUUUUCGUUUCGUUUCGUUACGUUCGCUUUCGCCCAGCCCCGUCCCCCCGCCCCUCGACAAACUAUAUAUACAAAAAAAACAUAUAUAUAUAUAAAUAUAUAUUAUAUAAAUAUAUAUUUCCCAACGAUACUCAUGGACGAUGUACCGGACGAAACAGCAUUACCCUGAACACAAAAACAAGAAAAAUAAGAAAGAAACGAAAGAGAGGAACUAACAUUAAAAGAACAAAAAAAUGGAGAGAGAAAAUAAUAGAAAAAGGAUGCAACGAUCUUUUCGAGUAAAUGGUCGUUUAUUCACAGAAGUAAUCAUGCACGAAAAAACGAGAGACAGCGCAAGCAAGAAAGAGAGAGAGAGAGAGAGUGCGAGAGAAAGAGAGAGAGAGAAAGUACGAAUGAUAGGGUGGGAGAGAACGAGUGUGAGAGAGAGAGAGAGAGCGAGAGCGAGAGAAAGCGAGUAAAUACGAACAAAGAGAAGAAAAUAGGCACUUAGUAGUUAUUAAUAAUCUAUUACUAACUAAAUAAACAAUAAAUACCACCAAGAAGAUUUUAGUAUUAACAAUAUGUUCUCAUGAAGUGUAGCGUCUUGUAUAUACGUAUGUAUAUCUACUAUAAUAUUUCUCUGUAGAUGUAAUAUGGAAUGAAUUCAAGGAAGAAACAGCUAACAUGCGUCCUCUUCGAGGUAUCUCGAUGAAGCAUUGAUUAUUUGCAAGAAAACAUGUGUUUCUCUGACUUCCAUUUACGAUCGCCGGGUAAGUGUCCCAAAAGUAGUGCGUUUCCUUUUCGUCGUUUUCAACCGGAGAACGCGUUUUUUUUUUGAUAAGGUGUUUAUAAUUAUAAAAAAGAAAAGAAAACAAACUAAUCGCUAUUAGCCGAUAGAAGUUAUAUAUUUAUACAUAUGCGUAUACUAUAUAUAUAUAUCGACGUGUAUAUAGUAUAUUCAGACGUAUAUAGAUAUAUAAUGUAUACGAUGUAGAAUUGUGUCUUGAGCUGCGUGGGAGUAGCCGUGCCGUUUCGUUCGGGAGUUGUGUUGGCGCGAUUUGUACAGGCCGAUAGUCGUGUUCGUGCAGAGUGUUGUUACCGUUUUAAUUAGAAGACGACGACGACGAUACGACAAACGAACGGAUCCGUUCCGUCACGGAUCGGCCGAGACGCUCCCCGAUUCCUACGUUUACCGAACGCCAAGCUUUCGCGAUCGGUGAUCCUCGGUAUCCGAUCGAAUUUCGUUUCGUACCGGUUCUCAUCAGUUCGUUCGCGGUCGCUCUUCGUUAACCAGCAAAAGGACAAUGCUUUGAAUCGCGAUAUUUUCGUACGGAAAUGACUUUAGACUAUGCGUUACCUGUACAGGGAGCUCCGUCGGUCGAAACGGGCCGGCAGACACCAUUUUGGCUCGGGGAGGAAAUAAUAAACGAAAGAAACUCCCGCGCGAAUCGAAGGAACGAAGCCGCGCUGUCCGCGGUUCACGGCUCGUAGAUAAACACCGCACAAGUUUUUGUUAUAACUGCGUCGAUCGACUGCGACGGUGCCCGCGAGCAUUAUUUCGUAGUUUACAUGUCUCUUCGACGGGAUCGUCGCGAUCGAUCGGCGCACAUGCGGCGGUUUGCGUGCGAAACGAUCCUCGAGGACGAACGAUAAGUAAAAUCGUGAACGUUUCGACGGCAGAGCUCUUGAGACUAUCGGCGCGGGAUCGUCAAGAGAAAUCGAACGUGUCUGCCGAGACGAUCUACCGAUCUACGAACAUUCGAUUGUCCCUUCAGGCCGCGCCUCCGUUUCAAGUAUAUAUAUACAUAUAUACAUAUAUAUACGCGGGUACGUGAAACUGUAAACAUAUUCGUAUACAUACAUAUAUGUAUAUUAUAUGUAUAUAUAUACAAUAUAAAUAUUUACCACGUGUUAUAUAUAUAUACAGAUACUGUUACUGUUUUCCAAACAUAACGGGCCUACCGAUUGUACAACUUGCAUUAUCGUUCCGUUGACCUACUUCUUCAACAAUGGAUAUAAAUGAGGAUGGAGGGAUAAAAUAUGGUGAUUGUUUGCGGAAAGGUAACACCCUCCGGUCUCCGUGAUUUUUAAUGCGUUGAUAAAGUUAUUAUUCCGGGUAGGAUUGGUAGUUCGGUUUAUCGAAAAGUUACUAAUAAGAGAAACGGUAAGAGUUAUUAUCGGUAUUAACAUCAUUAACGUAGUAUAAUUAAAAAAGGAAAGACAAAGAAACGUAUGAUUAAUAUUGACAAAUUGUGAGAUAUUUAAGAGGAAUGAUAAUGUGAAAAGAAAUUUUCUAUACGCGACACUUUUCUUCCAAAUACGGUCGAAUUCUCUUUCAUAUUUUCAAAAUGAAGAAGCUUUUCGAGGUGUCCGGUCUUGAAUGUGGUAUGCUCGAGGUCCCGGAUCGAAUUUAUUCUUGAAAAGCAUCGCGUACACUUCGUCACAGAAAAUAUACGAACGAACAAAUGUAAUUAAGCGAACUGUUCGUAAUGCGAGCAAACUGACGAGAGAUCGAGAAGUCAUCGAGAUCGGAGGGCGGCAACUCUUUGUAAUUAUUCACCGUAAGAUCAGAGUAGCGACGAAUCGCGACGGUGAUUCUCAAUGUAUCCUGGGAAUCGACGAGCAAAACGUUACGAUUAGAGAAAGAAAACGUGUUAUGCUACAGUUUGACAGAAUCACGAACGUCCCGAGAUCUACAAGGCAUUAUACAAUAUAUGCAUGUAUAUGGCAUUGAAUAUACAUACAUAUAUAUACAUACAUCUAUAUAUAUACACGUAUAUAUAUAUUACUGUACUAUAUGUAUUCUUCGAAGAAAUGAUAAAGAAUCGAUUGUUAGAAAAAUGAAAAAAACAAAACUGACUUCGUACAGUAUUAACUGAGCUCGACUGCUACUAACAAGUUUAUCGUAUUUUAUUGCAUCGUUGAUCUUGAAGCUUCGAAUUCGACUGAGGGGAAAGAAAAAGGCAGAUGAAACGGGUCGGUUAGUACAAUAAAAGAAUUACCGUCUUUUUCGCACGACGCGUGCCCCGAAUUACGGAAACUCGAUCGUUUAUCGAUCGUCCUCGGAAUCUGGAGAACUUCCGGCCGAAGACGGGCCGAUAAAAUCGUUCCCGGCAAUCUUAAAAUCGACCGACGCCGAUACCACACGCAUACAACCACUUUGAAAACGCAUUGUUAUUGAAUGAAAAGAAAUCUAUGUAAACGGGCCUUAACGCUUUUUCCAGUUUACCUUCCCUCCCCCCCGCCCCUGAAAUUCAUACAUCUCACCGAUCACCGCAUAGAGAGACUCUGUAAAUAUCACCGCCAUCGAACAUUUCUCGAAGGGCCGACCAGGCCCUUCGAUAGCCGUGUGUACUUAUUACCUAUGUAUUGUUCAUUCGUACUUAAUCUCAUCGUAGGCGUUAGGUGAAACUGUUUCAGGCGAACGGUCUUGUUUUACUUCUCCCUCGGCGUUCAGAGAAAAAGAAAAGGAAAAAAAAUGUUGCACGCGACCGAGUUAUACCUAAUCGAUCAUAUUUACGAUGUAACUACUGAUAACACCGUUAGCUGAUAAAUCUACCUGUAAAAAGUAACGAUCCGAAUGGGAACGGUCCAGGUUUAGCCGAGAACGUAACGAUGCUUAUCGUUUUAGCUUUUCAUCGUACAGCGAACGCUGGCCGCGAGAUCCUGCGCGCGUUGCACUCGUCCGCGGGUGACGUACGUGUGGAAGAGAACAAGAUGUUGCACGUUCACCUGAGAACUCUUUCUUUUCUAUUGCUCUCAGAUUCUCAGAGUUGGCCGAGUCCCUCGCACGGUGGUCCGUUCGUUCGGAAACGUGGACGAAAAAUGUUGUUGCCAGUCUCGACGCAGACGCUCGGUUUCAAGUUCAGCCCCGAUCGGCGGACUUGAUUUUCAUUCAGAAUCAAAAUUGGUCGAGUCGAUCGUAAACAAACAAAAGUCACGUUUUCCCGCUUUCAAUCGUUUGAAUAAUUCUGGAAUAACAGAAGCGUAUCCUCGAAUCCAUCAACUGUCUAGAAUUUUGCAUCCGACCUAUCGAUUGUUGUCCCGAACGCGUAAAAUCGAGUUUUCAACGAUUCAGUUCCAAUACUGUGUUCUCUGUCCUAGUUAAAAAGCAAGGUUCCCGCGGCAAAACGAACCUAAGAGACAUCUAAUCAAAGAGACAUCGAUUUAGUCCAGGUUUCCGCGCGAAUCGAUCAUCGCGCGCCGUAUGUAUUUGGUUGCGUUACACAAACUUACAAAGACCCGAACGAAUUACGGACUGUUACCGAUGACUUCAGACCUAGGGAUAAGCCGAUGUUUCAUGAAAUUCAACGUGGCGAGCAUCUCGUUGACCAAUUGUAAGAUCGAUCGUUCAAUAGUCUGCAUUUCGAGGAACAUGGGCUCUUCGGACGCGCGAAGCAACCGUGCACCACCCACGUUAAAAUCAUUUCCCCCCCAUUCGUUCGAUUGUACAAUGUACUUGCGAAGGAACAAUAGACGUUUCUGUUUUGGAACUACGAGCGAGUUCGUUCCCGAAGUUACUUUCGCAAACGGCGUCGAGCGUUGCGACUUCAAAUUCGAACAAUCGCGUUCGGUUCAUCGGUCGGCGUAACGUCACCGUUUCGUUUUUUUUUAUCGUAGCUAUUCAUGUCGCUUCUCCACCCGCGCGGAAGGGAUCGUUUGAAGGCACGGCGCGAUAGCAUAGCAAAUGAUUGAGAAUCUGGUCCAGAAAGAGUAUAAAUAAGCCAGUCGGAAUAAAAUAGAAACGCGUCUGCGUACAUCUUUGCCGGCGAACUUGCUAAAUAUGUGUAUCGCACGCAUGCACGGUCUCUUGUAUCGCUUCUGAACAAAUACUCGGAUAUCUAUCGAACACUAAACGUACGUAACGAACGUGUAUAGCUGUAACCUUCCAUUACAAUCCAUUUUCUUUAGGCGAUACAGAUUUGUAAAGCCGCAGCGUCGCGUACACCUUUCGCUUAGACGUAUGUAGAGACAACUGUAACCUCUCGCGAGUCUGACGCACCUCAUUAAGGAAUUCACAAAUUCUUGUUUAACGAGUACAUCGAUGUUAACCGAAUAUAACGCUAUAAUAUAUUACAACAAUAAUAACGUACAACUUGUCAUCAUUGUUGGCGAAAUAUUUCAUUCGAUUAACGAUAUAAAGUCUGCGGUGUCCUGAAGGACUGUGACCUCUCUCCCGACGCAGGGGAUUCAGUAAAAUUGAUAAACGGGUAAUUGCGACCAAGAAAACGUCCACGUACAUUCGAGCGGCGGCGGUUGUACACGUGUAUAUAUAUACGCGACGCGGAAUGUCGUUACGUAGAUGAAACUAACGAAACGCCGAUAGAAAGCGAACUUUAACUGUAGCGGUGUAGUCUCCGGGAUGAUGAUGAUGAUGAUGAUGAUGAUGAUGAUGAUGAUUAGCGGUUCACCUAAAGUAGCUCGAUGUAUCACGAUGCAACCAAUAAACGUGGUUCCAGCCGGCAAAGCGGUACACAGAUCCGUAAACGUUCCGUCGAAGAACGCGUUCGUUGAUGUAUGGGAUUAUCGAUCGUCGCGACUAACAUAAGGAGCAUAGCGUAGAGGUGUGUAAAUGUAGAACACGUAGAGAGAGCGCAGAUUCUUAGAUAUAUAUCACAUUCCAUUCCCCUAUCCGGGUCCCGUGAUCGAGAUCCUCGUCGUACGGCGAUCGAGAUCGGGAUCCGGGCUUCGUCUCGAGGCGCCUCAGAAGCGCCGUUACAUGCAUGGAUCACACUGUACUCAACCAAGGUUUGGUUCUAUCAUUUUUUCAGGACCAAUUAUCAUAAACGAUUGUAUCCGUAGCGCAUGUCCGAGUCACGUACUUUACGGCAGCAUUGUACUUAAACAAAAAAAAAAAAAACGAAAAAGAAAAAAAUGAAAAACUUUAACGAGAGAUUAAGAGAGAUUUAACCGUUUAAGAUGAAGGCGUCGUGAGCCCGAUAUCGAUCGAAAUGCCACGAGAGAGCUGCUUGCACAAGCGGGAAACGGACGUGAUCGUUUCUCCAACGAACGAACGUUUGUCUAUGAUCUGAUUUUCUGUCCGGCACCGACUGAUGUGAAACAGAUAUUUACAGGUUGAAAUAAAAAUUGGUUCAGAAACUAAUCGAGACCUUCAUGAGUUACACACGACGCUGAUCGGGCGCGGCAUCACUUCUUCACCCGUCUUUCGAUGUGGUUACCGGAUCUUUUUUGUAUUUUCGUAUGCAAUGAAAAGCGUACACCUAACGGAAUUCUAGUUAAGAACUUAACAACGAGCAUGAACCUACUAGAGGAUUCUAGACGAGCAAUCUUCGGGCUCCGAAUUUUUUCGAAGAGAUCAUAUUAAAUACGUAACAUUAGACACUCCUUCGAUCGUCAUUGUGCGCUCUUCCUUGUUUCUUUUUUACGUUUCACCGUCGAUCUGAUUGGUAGCGUGUAGGAUAGAGAGGCAAAGAGUCGUUGAAGUAGCGGAACGACCGGAGAACAGUUAAUUCUAUGUGAAAGAUAUGUUGGCCGAUUAAAGCAACCUUUCUUUUUGUUGUUCGUGUUCGGCAUCUCGUUCGAACGCGAGUGGAAAUGUGUAACAAAGUAGAAUAGAAUUGCGUUUAAUACGAAGUAAGCAUAAUUUUUAAUCGAUCUUGAAGUAAUAAAAGUUAAUUUUCAAGUAA